GUUAGUCCGGACCAGGGGGCGUAGGUUUGACCGGCUUCUCUCAGGCUCAGACACAAUGAACUAUCAGAGGGGUAGAAGCACGCAUGUUGGGCUGGAGAUAUUGUCGCGGUUUUAGCACAUGAUUAUUCUCAUUUGUGCCUUUAUUUGAUAUUCUUAGUAAAUUCCAAACUACCAAUAUACUAUAUGGCAGUAACAAAGCUCAACUGGAAACGGUUUGAUCGUCGAGUUUGAUGUAAACGCGGUCGGGAUCAGCCUGCCGUUAACCCCUCCUGACGGAUUUUUCUUUGUUUUUUUCCUUAGCUAAAGCCAACGAAACAAGGCACAUGACGAUGUCGUUGACAGCUUCGUCUGAUUAUUUCGCAGCCGAGUGUCUGGUGUCGAUAUCUAGCGGUCCUGUCCUGCAUAGACCCACCCCGGUUGCCCUCGCCAGCCAGGCAGCCACGGUGGGCCUGCUCCCCGGGGAGCCCGACGGGUCGAGCGAGGACAGGGAAGUGCGGGAGACUCUGAGGCUGGAGGGUGCGAACAUGAUGGUGGUGGCCGGUAUCCUCACCGACCUGCACGGCAAGUUCCGCCCCAUGUCGGCCUACUCGGAGAGCAGCAACUCCUCGUGUGGUGGGGAGAGCGGGUACACCACGUUGUCCGACCCAACCACCCCUACCAUGACCCCCUCCGCCACCCCGGUCCCCGGACAGCAGCACCAGCACCACCACCACCUGAGGGGGGCAGGAGGGGGAGGCGCGGGGGCCCCGCGGUCCCCGGUGAAGCGACACCAGUGCACUUUCGACGGAUGCGACAGAGUUUACGGGAAAUCGUCCCACCUGAAGGCGCACAUCCGCACACACACAGGCGAGAGGCCCUUCCCCUGCACCUGGCCUGACUGUGAGAAGAAGUUCGCCCGUUCUGAUGAGCUCGCCCGCCACACCCGCACCCACACAGGUGAAAAACGCUUCCUGUGUCCACUGUGUGACAAGCGCUUCAUGCGCAGCGAUCACCUGAUCAAGCACGCACGCCGUCAUCCUGACUUCGAGCCCUCCAUGUUGGGACGCAACAAGGGGACAUCCUCUGCUUCUGGCCCAGCCGUGCACCAUUAGGGUGGUUUGGGUUGAGCUUGGCAGGAACACAGAAGGUCACGGUGGUUUCAAGUUAACCAGCUACAACCAGAUCCAUUGAUUAGGAUUUAACAUUGGUAUGUUGUACUAAAAAUGCGCACACACACACACACACACACACACACACAGAGUUGGACAAGAGGGGAGGUAACCUCAUCUUGCCAUUCACACAACCAACCACUAUCCACCUAUGCGAAACAUAACCAGGGUUGGGUUUGAGCUGUUUCAAAUCUGUAAGAACUGGGGGUUUGUCAAGAAAUGUGCUUUUUGAUUCCACUUAUCUUUUCCAGAAAUGAGUGCACUCCAUUUACAGUGCCAUUACAUGUCAAACAAAGCACAUGUAUAACAUUUAAAUAAGGCAGACUGGAGCUAACUUUCAAAUGUCCCUAUGCUUCAAAAAUAGAUUUUUAUUGAUACAGUGAAAUCAAUUACUGUACACAAAUAAAUACAUACAAGAGGAAAAAGUCCAAUGUUUGGUACAGAAUUAUAUAUGAAUUCAUCCUUUUUUAAUGUCUUAUUUUGAUAUAGUGAAAUUAAAUGGUGAAACCUUUUGAUAGAUAAUACCUAUCAGGCUCAUGUCCUAUUUGCUAAUAUGGAGACAGUGGGAUUUAUGACCUAUACUGCAACCAGCCACCAGGGGGCGAUCAAAGGUUUGAGGUUUCACUUCACAUUGUCCAUCGUUAAAUAUGGUCUGUGGCUUAUCCACUGAAUUAAAAGCCAGAGAAAUCAAGGUACUUCAUCACAUUGAUGCAAAAAUCCUGUAAAACCGUUUAUGCAGUGCAGCAGUCCUGCUCAUUGACUUGCAACAUUGCCCAGUACAACUCAUUAUUUGGCUUUAAUGCCUCAGAAAGUAAACACUAUUAUUUAUUUCUCUAAGCAAAAUCUAAUUGAAUGUGGGUUGUUUUUGCUUCCAACAUACUUUUGGUCCGUUUUCUGUCUUGAUUUGAUAAGAAUUGGAGUCACUGAGCAGAUUUCAGUGGAUAAAAUAAACCCAACCCUAAACAUAACCAAAUGUUUUCAAACUGAAAUACUUCCACAAAUGACAGGAUCAUGCUGUAAAAGAGAAAGAGAGAGAAAGAAAAUCAGCACAACCAUCAUCAGCCAAAACACCUUUGUUUUCUUGUGGUUCAUUUGUAGAUUGUUGAGUUCUUCAGAACCAUUAGUUUGCCAUGAGUAGCACAAUGUUGGGAUUUUAGGUAGCGAGGCAGCAACUAGAAGCUUUUUUUGUGUGUGUGUGUGUGUUGCUUCUUUUUUUUUUAAGCUUUGCUGAGUCCACAUUUUAGCUGUAACACAUUCCUUCUUUUUUAUUGCAUUAGGAACCAUUGUUGAGGGUUUAUUUGUCUAUAUUGUUUCUUGUACAUCUAGUUUAACUAUAGAUCAAAGAAGUGGAUCAAAUUUCGCUAUAGAAAAGCUGUUUGCACGCCAUCAUUACAUUUAGAUCAGUUAUCAUUGAUGAAGUGCUGACACAUAAUACACAGUAGUAUUAUGUCUAAUAAUGAUGCAAAUGUAUAUAAGCUUUAAGCUUUUUAAUGUAGAAAUAUGGUAAUGCUACUAACAGCAGAAUUAAUACGUGAUGAACUGUAGUCCUUAUAUUAGGGGUAAUGGUAUAUGCUUGAUUAGGAUGGCAUUGCCUUGAGUGUCAGUGUGUGUGUGUGUUUUUUUUAAGUAUGUAUGAAACAGUAUCAGAUAUCUUGGGAUAAAUGUUGACAUGAGUUGAGCUUGAUUUUGAGACUGCUACAGUGACCCCUCCUGUCCUGUGGAUGGGGGGGCACUGUCAACCUGGAAGAGACCACUCGUUGAUUCAGGUUCUUCUUUUAACUUUCCAUCUAUCUGUACCUUCAAAGUAAAAGUUUUCACCCCACUCCUCAGGGGCCAGACACCAGAACAUAAAAUUCCUAGUACAACUAUUUAUGUGGGAAUCAAAAUUGGAAUAUUAAGUAUAAAAGUACGUUAAACAUGGUCAGCCUGCUCCGACUGCAGAAAGCUACUACUUUAAUUGUGGUGGAUAUUUAAACUUGUGAAAGCAGCAAAAGCGGAUGUGAAACUAAUAACAUUAGCAAUGGCACCAUUCUGUGUAGUUGCAUUGUCAACAUGACAGGCACUGCUAAAUGAGACGCAGCCAUUGAUUAUGUUUGUGUUUGAUAAAAAUUAAAAUGACCACUGUUGCAAGGAUCUGGUACUACUGUUGGGGGGGAAAAAGCAAAACAAACAGGGAUUAGUUCCGAGCUUGUUUAGUACAUUUCAGCAAAUAGACAUAUUCCUGCGUUGCCGACACACUGGGUAAUCUUCAUGUAUUGUCACAAGAAAUAUUUGUGUUUAACUGAAUCAAGCGAAGCUCAAGUAGUUUAGAUAUUUGAUGGCUUACACAGAGCAUCCGGGUCUGAAUCUAGAGAGGUCAAAUCUUUUAUUUUAUGUUGUAAUGUUUCCACACUGUUUGUCUGACUCAUGGACAUAUUUCUUUAUCUCAGCGAACAACACUUCUUCAGGAAUUUCUCAAAGCCUUAAACUAUGUCAUAACUACUUUGCACCACGUUUACAGUUGGAUCAUUGUAUAGGUGUAUAUAUAUAUAUGCCCUCGUGGGGGCUCAUCACACAUACUCAUUAUGCAGUAUGGCACUUUUUUCUGACAGGUGUAUUUGGCUGAAUAUUGUAAUGGCUGACACUGUUACAAUGCUUCGACAAGCAAGCACUGUGGAACUUUGCUCAUGUUGAUAACCAAUGGUUUGUAAAACUGCCUUUUUUGUCCAAGUGCUUUAGAAAGUGUGGUAAAAGAACUGUUAAUUGUAGUUUUUUGUUUGUUUGCUUAGUCAUUUAGGCCAUCUCUUGUUGUGGAACUUGUGUGUUUUAAGAUGUAAAACGUAGAUCUGUUAUCUUUUGUCUCCUCCACACUAAGAUCAAAGAGAGCAGAUGCAGACUCUUGCUGAUUUCCGUCAAACUGUUUUCAUAAACCACCUCACUGUUGAUCUGCUCAUCUUAAUGGAAGCCGUACUCACUCAAAUGAAGGCGGUGCUUUAACGUUUUGUACACAUUUAUUCAGAGGUUGUUGAUAGUUUUUGGUUGCUGCUGGCAGUAACCUCGAACACACAGACUGUUUAACAAAGGAACACAUACAGUAUCUUUUUUUUUUUUUUUUUUUAAAGUUUAAAAUGGAAAUCUUCCCUUCCAUCUCUCCUCACACAUAGAAGCAGCUUCUACCACAGGGUGUCCAGAUCUCAUAGCUAUAAUAUCACAAGAAGAACAUACCUCACAGAUUUUUUGUGUGCUCUGUACAAAAGUCAUCCAACUCAUCUUUUAGAAUUUCCUUUAAAGCCUUUUAGACAUUUGUUUUAUCAGCUAGAUCAUCUGCUUUGUACCCUUGCCCUUAUCUUGUCUCUAUAUGCAACAUCACUACUACCUGUGUAGCAGCAGAGCCUGUGUUGUUAACAGACAGUGGUAAAUGAAUCUACUGGAUACAUUUUUGUAUUAACAAUCCCUGUCAUAAAAGCUCAGCAGCUGGUUUUGUUGCCAGAGGUUGAAAAAGUGAUAAUAAUAUGUAAAAAAAAA